UUUGUUGGAAAAACUGUUGUAAUUUAAGAUUUAUUUGAUAUAAUUUUUAACUGUUUUUUAUGACAAACAACUGACCACAAAUCGGAUACAAAACAGAUUUGAUAAUUAAUUAAUUGUUGAAACAAUUUCAUUUGGUUCAGUCAUUAUUAUACCAACAAACAAGUGUUCAGUUUUGAAAUCACAAAGUGAUGAACGAAUUGUUUGAUUCAAAGUACGGCCGAUUGGUUCGGGCGGCGGCCGCCGAGUUUAUCGGUACCACUGUUUUGGUGAUGUUUGGUUGCGGUAGCUGUGCAUUAGGAAAGGCUACUGUCCAGACUGCACUGGCAUUUGGUCUGACACUAAUGAGUUUGAUUGCCGCUUUGGGUCCACUAUCCGGUUGUCAUGUAAAUCCAGCCGUAACUGUAGGCCUUUUGAUCGAUGGAAAGGUCGAUAUCAUAUCGGCUGUUGCUUAUGUUGUCGUCCAAGUGUUGGGUAGUUUGGCCGGUGCCGGACUCUUAUAUGCAGUAUUGCCAAAGAACCCCGAUUUAUUAGGUGUUGAGUAUGUUGUUGAGUAUGGUAUCUGUCACUGUGAACUGUCCAUUGGUGUGUCCUGGUGGAAAGGCAUUAUCAUUGAAUUUGUCAUUACAUUUCUGUUUGUUUUGGUUAUCUGUACGGUUGCCGAGUCUAACCUGUGUCCGGCACCUAUCAUAGGACUGGCCCUCACUGCUGGACAUCUGUUUGCAGUACCAUUGACUGGCGCUUCCAUGAAUACGGCCCGAGCUUUUGGACCGGCGGUCAUCAAAAACAAAUGGAAAGAUCAUUACGUGUAUUGGGUCGGACCACUCAUUGGCGGCGGUCUGGCCGGUGUUGUUCAUCGGUUUUUAUAUACCGGUGCUGAUGGCGAUGGCGGACAAAAACCAAAAAGCGUUCAAAAUUAAGCCACAAAUCCUUUAAUGCAUUCAAAUGAAGUCUAAAAACUUCAUAAAACUGUCGAUUAAUAUUUGUUUUUAUUUCAAUUUUAAUUAAUUAAUUCAAUUACUUAUUCAUUGG